AUGGCCCAGGCAGCAGCCAAGCCACGGAGUCCAGACUCACCCGAGCGGGUUCCCGACAACCCAAACGGCAUCGAGGACGCCGUGCACAGCCCAGGGAGCCCGGCAGCCGAGCCAAGGAGGGGGACACAGCCCUCCCUGGGACACGUGGAUCCUGCUGAAGCAUCUUUUGGGACUCUCUGCACCCUCAGGAGGCUGUUCCUGCUGCUCGGGGUCGUGGGGCUGCUGGCGGGGACGGCGGCUGGGACGUGGCUGCUGGGUCAAAUAAACACGGCAAACUCCCUGCUGGAAGCUCAGCUGGAAGGACAUCCUGGCUGGCUCCUGGUGUGCCACGAGGGCUGGAAUGGCUCCCUGGGCACCCUGCUCUGCCAGCAGCUCGGGUACCUCAGAAUGACCCAUCAGAAAGGAGUGAACCUGACGGAUGUCAGGGUGAACGAGGAGCAGCAGUUCCUUCAGGUCAGACCCCACCAGGAAGGGAGCCUGGAAGACUUGUGGCAGGUCAGGAGCAGCUGUGGAUUGGGGCGAGUCGUGGCUCUCAAGUGCUCAGAGUGUGGGCUGCCCCCCGGGGCCGUGCGGGUGGUCGGGGGGGCAGAUGUGCCCCCUGGGCGCUGGCCCUGGCAGGUCAGUGUGUGCCAGGGCUCCCAGCACCGCUGUGGGGGCUCGGUGCUGGCACGGGAGUGGAUUAUCACGGCGGCUCACUGUGUGCACAGGUACCCCCAUGCCCCCCAUGCCCACCCUGCUGUGCCCCCAGCCCUCAGUGCCCGCUGCCCUUGGGUUAGGACGCUGUGUUCUGUGUUCUGUGUUCUGCUCAGCUCCAGGAGGCUCCAGGGCUCUGCCUGGCGGGUGUUUGCAGGGAUUGUCACCCACGGCUCCCUCAGGCAGGAGGCCGGGGUGCCAGUCCAGGAGGUUGUUCCCCACCCGCUCUACAACCACAACAACCUCGACUACGACAUCGCCCUCAUGAAGCUGCAAGUGCCCCUGAAUUUCUCAGCUGCCAUCCGAGCCGUGUGCCUGCCGUCCUCCCACCAGGACCUGCUCCAGGGCACACAGUGCUGGGUCUCUGGCUGGGGCUACACCACCCCUGACCAAGCGCAGCUGGCCGGGACGCUGAAGGAGGCCCUGGUGCCCCUGAUCGGGACCCGGAGGUGCAACAGCUCGUGCAUGUACCCGGGGGAGCUCACUGCCAGGAUGUUGUGUGCCGGGUACCCCCGUGGGCAGGUGGACGCGUGCCAGGGGGACAGUGGGGGCCCCCUCGUGUGCUGGGAUGGAUCCUCGUGGCGCCUGGUGGGGAUUGUGAGCUGGGGCCAGGGCUGUGCUGAGCCAAACCACCCCGGGGUCUACACCAACGUGGCCCAGCUCCUGCCCUGGAUUCACCAGGUCACUCAGAUCUACUAG